GUAUCUCGUCUAGUCGUUUGAGAUGGCAGAAGAUGGAAAGUUCCGAAUUGAGAAGUUUGAUGGUACAGAUUUCAGUUGGUGGAAGAUGCAAAUUGAAGAUUUGCUGGUUCAGAAAGAUUUGGACGUGGUUUUGGGUGACAAGCCAGAAAAAAUGUCGGAUGCAGAUUGGGCAGUUUUGGAUCGGAAAGCAAUGUCCGUGAUCCGUCUCUCGUUGACCAAGAAUGUUGCGUUCAACAUUCUGAAGGAGAAGACAGCGAAGGGAAUUAUGGACGCGUUGUCUAACAUGUACGAGAAGCCAUCUGCUGCUAACAAAGUUUUUCUGAUAAGAGAGCUGGUGAACACAAAAAUGAAAGAAGGCACUUCAGUUACCGAGCAUAUCAACAAGUUGAAUUCGAUCUUAGCCAGACUCUUGUCAGUGGGCAUUAAGUUCGAUGAUGAAGUUCAAUCUUUACUACUGCUAUCGUCUUUACCUGAUAGUUGGUCCGGAACGGUUACAGCAGGUACUGGUUCAGUGGGACCUGAUGGAUUCACCUUUGAUCAGAUUCGAGAUCUCGUUCUUGGCGAGGACGUCAGAAGAAAGAGUUCCGGGGAAUCAUCUGGUGAAUUGCUUCAUGUUGGUGUAACGUGCUGGAAGUGCAAGGAGGUAGGGCAUUUUAGGAAUCAAUGUCCGAAUGAUAAGAAAGUAAACAUUGCUCAAGGCUCUGCGAGUGACGAGGAGGUCGCUCUGACUUGCUGUGAGGAAAGCAAUGUGGAUUCCUGGGUCAUGGAUUCUGGUGCUUCAUUUCAUGCCACUCACAGCGGUGAAGCAUUGCAGAAUCUGGUUAUUAGAGACUUUGGAAAGGCAGUUGGACGAACAGGGACACGAGGUGAAGUUCAGAGAUGGGCAGUGGAAGGUCGUGAAGGGAAAUCUUGUCAUGGCCCGUGGAAGGAAGAGAGGUUCGUUGUGACCGUCCCAGUUCAGAAGAAAAACGAAGUCCGGUUCACAGAGUCUCGUGGGCAGAAUAAGGUUGUCAGUGCAAGAGAGAAACCUAGAGCCACUGGUCAGACUCAGGAUGAACGAGCGUGGAAAGGUUCAAGGAUGCCAGUCAGAGGUAUUUGUGGCAGUGGGAGCUCAAGAGGCGCUUCAGCCAAGUUGCCUAGAAGACAGUGGGUCAGGAGAACCAGUAUUCCAGCUGUUGGAACAUCUCCAGAAAAUUUCUUGCUAAGUACGGAGAUUGUUUGUUCUCAGGAUGUUCCAGGAUCCGGUAGUGUGCAUCUGCAGUGGGAGCCGGUAGGGACCGAGGACGAGUCAGGGGCAGAUUUUGCCGUGAAUGAUGUGUUGGAGCUUGGGAGAGCUUCAACGGGCCUUUCAGUUGUCUGAUGAUAGGGCCGCUGCAACAGGAGAGCUGAGGAAGAUUACUCGAUGUACAGGCGAUCGUAGAGGAUGGCAAUUGAUGAUUAUCAAGCCUCCAAGUGGGAGAAUGUUGGGCUUUGUGGAGGCUUGUUUGUCGGCCUGGCCCAGUUGUGCGUAGCCCUAGCUUUUUCCCUAUAUAUAUAGAGGGCUUGUAUUUGUAAUCGAGACACCACAAGUGAAAUAAGAAAAUCCUCCUGUUGGA